GGUCCUGUGAUAAAGGGAAGCGAAACAAUAAGGCUUCGGCUUUUUUUUUUCUACAUCUGUCUUGGCGCACAGACACAGGCCGAGACACAACCUGUGGUGAAGCAGCGCUCGUGUGAGCGUUGCAUCGUGCUUACUAUCUAUGUGGCACUGGUCUGCAUCAUUCCCCUCAAUUGCAGAUAUUGACCGGUUGUUGCUUGUGAUUGAUUUUACCUCUUGCAUUCCAACAGGGUACUACAGCAGAUUCACAUUCUGUCUGCGCUCCCCUCCUGCGCCCAAUGUGAGUAUUGCUCCCUACUUUUUUGUCCCUCUUUGUGUUUUCAUCUUUUGGAAACUCGCAUUUUUUUCUAGGCUGCUGUGGCAGCUAGAGUAAGUACUACCUCGGUAUCGUCUACUUCGCGAGGACGUAGUUUCAAGAACAACUUUUUCACCUUUGAAACAACACCAUGGGUCACCCUGCUUCCGGCAGCUCAACGGCUCGGGCCACUUCCGCUCCGCCGAAGCAGCGCUACACACCGUACCCCCUCGGGGAAAACUCCAAUUUGAUUCCCUACAUCGACCACAUGGGGCGGAUGUGCAUCCCGCACGCGCACGGAACCGGCUGGUGCACCUGGCACGACGGGGGCUUUCACAAAUUCGAUCCAAAUUUUACCACAGUGAAAAAAAUUCAAUAGGAAAUUCAUCUGCUUUUGCUUUAUCAUCCGGGUCUUCACUGGAGUUGCACACUUGCAGUGCCAUUCAGUGACUUGAGUUUCAAUCGUCGCAAAUUUGUUGUGUUGCAUGAAUCUCGCUCCCCAGAACAUCUCUAGUGCUCGAGGAAACACGGUCAUUGUCCUGACGAAUCCAGCAUCCGCAACAUGACAAAUGUUGUUCGAGUGAACAAAGAACUCAGUCCUUAGGUCCGGAAGCAAGGAAAAAGAUGAAUUUCGAAGUUGAAAAUGUCCAUAAGUUCGAACGUGCCCCACUCUGUUCCGAGCCACUGCAACACGUCUGCUUACUUGCGAAGCAUACGCGACAACAGGUACUAUGCUUACAACUUAGAAGAGUUAGAAAUAUGCCUGCAAUUGAAAAUAUGUGUUUCACUUUUGCUUUCCUUGAAUCGAUUUCGCCCUUUUUUUGCUCAUGCGAGUACCAGUACUUGCAAAGCAAAGAAAUCCUCGUUCAAAAAUUGCCAUCAGGUUAUUUCGGGAAGAGAAGAAAAAAGCAGCGUUUGCCGAGACUUUCCACUCGUAUCCUACUGAAAAGUGCACCUCGACUACAUGAAGAUUGCGUGAUAUUAACAGCCAAUAAAAUAUGAGCACCUGGUUUCAUCGCUAGGCAUUCAGCAAUUACUUUCACGAAAUUUGAAUUUUAGUAUGCAUAGUUAGAUGAUCUAGAUCAUGAUCUUCAUCAAGUUCUAGUUCAUCGAUGAAAGCAGGCAGAGAUCACGGCUCUCUUUGUGUGAUUGGUGGACUUUGCCCCAUCGGGAUAAGCGCUGCCGGGAAGACAAAGCGAAUUUGCGGGAAAGCAACAAACGAUACGGGUCUAUGAUGGGGAAGGUAUGAAUAUAUGGUGCUCUUUGUCGUGUUUGUCAUGCACUUGCUGGCAUGCUUACGUUUUUGUUUUGUCGCGCACACUACAUGCAUGAGCAUGACUGCUGGUAUAGGACUAGGACAACAUGUCUCAAAGAAUAAAAAUAAAAUAGAGUAAAAAUGCACCUAACUCAGAUCCUGAUCCCGGAGGCGCCUCUGAUCGAGCGGAUAAAAGCCGCUGACCGUGCGCCGAAGGCCAAUCUGAAGGAAAUCCUGAAGGAGCUACAUGACCGAAAUCGGGCCGAAAAGCAGGCCAUCAAGGAAAAAAUCAAGGCGGCAACGAUGUGAGAAUGAAAGUCGGUGGCGUCACGCUCACGUCGCGUCGUGUAGGAUAACACAAGGAGUACAGUCGCAUUUUUGUACAAAAAAAAUUGACCACACUGCGUGCACGGCACAAAACAACAAAAAUGAGCUGCAGGAUUCACCACGGGCGCUGAUGUGAUCCGAAAAUGCUGGGCGAUUGUUGAGAAACAAAGUGAGUCAUGUUUCUGCAAUGCACUGCAGUAUGUUGUAUGCGUUAUUUUACAAUACUAUUUGUAACUCAAUCUGGGGGUAGGAGUAGACAAGUGUUUUCAGUCGAUAGCCUUUUCUCGCCUCCCUAAUAAAUUAGUAUACCAACUCUUCCAUUUCCAAUUCAAAUUCUUACGCUACUAACGACCGUCAAUAUGAUUCGAUUCCAGUAGUAAAAAAAAUUGACGACUUCAUCCAUUUGCAUCUGCGUGUCACUUCCUCUCCAUCGUGACAUGAUCCUCUCCACGUAUAAUUUUAAUUUAAUCUUGUCAUGAUUCUGUUUUUUGCGUUCCUGAAUUUCAUCGGUCAGAUUGAUAGUAUAACAUUUGUGUGGUGUAUCUUUACAUUCAUAUACAGGGCGAAUAAGCAUGAUGAACCAUGGCCAAAAUUGAUAGAAUCCCUCCUGUAACAUUACGAUUGCUAUUGCAUAUGAUGCCGUCGUGUGCUUCACCAUCGUCAGCACGCUGCGCGUUCACACGACACAAUCUACAGAUGGAGGUGGCUCCCGCAUGCAUGGUACUUGUACAAGACUUUUGGAAAGAGAAAACACACACGCACAUAUACAUGGUAUCUAUUUCAGCAAC